ACACCCGUGUAUAGACUGAUGUGUUCCGGCUCGGAAAAGACUAUUCAGGCGUGUAGACGGGAACGAGUUGAGAACUGCUCGACAUUAGCCGGGAUGAUGUGCAAAAUUAAGGGUGGAUGGAGCUUGUGGAGUGGGUGGAGUGAAUGCUCGGUCACGUGCGAGGAUGGACAGAGGACGCGGACACGUGCGUGCAACCACCCGCCCCCUAACUACGGGGGUACGCCCUGUCCCGGGGACCAUGUUCAGUACAAGCCCUGCACAGAGAAGAUGUGCCCUAUCGACGGAGUGUGGGCCACGUGGUCUCAGUGGAGCGCUUGCGACGUCACGUGCGAGAAUGGUACUCGGUUCCGCACACGCAAGUGUACUGGACCGUUUCACCAGGGUUCGGACUGUCACGGGAAGGCGUCGGAAGUGGAGGGCUGCUUUCCACGAAUGUGUCCGGUGGACGGCGUGUGGAACGCAUGGGUCGCUUGGAGCGAGUGCUCGCAUACAUGUGGCUAUGGUAACCGCAAUAGAUCAAGGACAUGUAAAGGCCCCUUCCACGAUGGUGCGGAAUGCCCUGGCUCGCCCCACGACGCGGAAACGUGUAACGCAUUUUCUUGUCCCGUCGAUGGAUCAUGGAAGCUGUGGGGAACUUGGGGAGAGUGCAGUGUAACCUGCGGUGGAGGGUUGCGUAAUAGAUCGCGUGAUUGCGAUCGACCGGAACACGGUGGUGAAAACUGCGCAGGCCCAUCUGAGCAGGCGGAAGACUGUAACGACUUUCCAUGCCCAAUCGAUUGUGUGUUUGGGGAAUGGUCACUCUGGAGCGCAUGCUCAGUGACAUGCGCAAACGGCACGCAAUGGCGCGAGCGGGAAGCAUACGGGCCCUAUCAUGGCGGCAAAAACUGCAGCGGAAACUUGCGCGAUGAGCGGGUAUGCGUGGCCGCUUCAUGUCCAGUUGAUGGGAUGUGGAACGACUGGUCGGCAUGGGACGCUUGUAACGUCACGUGUGGUGGCGGCACGAUGCUACGUCAGAGGGUAUGUAUUGGACCUUACUUUGACGGCGAACCGUGUAUCGGGGAGAAAGAACACCAGGAUGAAUGCAAUACCCAUGAGUGUCCGGUCGAUGGGCAAUGGGCGGUUUGGGGUACGUGGGAAUUGUGCAAUACCACGUGCGGUGGUGGGUACCAGAGUCGCAUGCGGGAAUGCAACAGGGGGCAGUUUGGCGGGAUAGACUGUGUCGGCGAUUCCGAGAGCUGGCAGGAAUGCAACACAUUUCCAUGUCCAGUAAAUGGAGAAUGGCAGCCAUGGAAUGCGUGGUCAAGCUGCAACGUGACAUGUGGCGGGGGUAAGGUCGUGCGCAAACGUGUCUGUCAACAGCCAUUGCACGGUGGGGAAUAUUGCACGGGCACGCACGAGGAUUUCAUGCCCUGCAACGAGCACAACUGUCCGGUGGACGGAGUGUGGCAGUUGUGGUCUGACUGGACCGAGUGCACGGUCACAUGCGGCACCGGAAGUCAGUACCGGAACCGCACGUGCGAGGGACCGUACCAUAGCGGAGAAAACUGCAGCGGCGCCUGGGACGAACUGCGAGACUGCAACACCGACAUGUGCCCAAUCGACGGGAUAUUCGGCGAAUGGUCACAAUGGUCCGACUGCAGCCAUUCUUGCGGACGCGGUAGCACCUUUAGGAACCGGACCUGUUUCGGCCCUUAUAAUGGAGGGGCCGAGUGCGUGGGAUCUAUCGAGGAAUCUCAAUUUUGUAACCCCUCGAGUUGUCCAGUGCAUGGUGUUUGGAACGUGUGGGCGCAAUGGUCCGCUUGCAGCUCAACGUGCGAAAAUGGGACUCGUUUACGGAUGCGCACAUGCGACGGCCCGUUUAAUGGCGGUGACGAGUGCGAGGGAGCGGAAACGGAAGUCAACGAUUGCUGGGAGCGCUGGUGCCCAGUGGACGGCGUGUGGACCGACUGGACGCCCUGGGAGGAGUGCCCUGUCACGUGCGGGGGGUCGCUGCAGAACAGGUCACGUGACUGUUUGGGCCCUUAUUACGAUGGGGCGAACUGCACGGGGGAGUCAGCAGAGUCACAGGACUGUAACACCGACCCAUGUCCAGUCGAUGGGUCGUGGUCGCUAUGGACGAAGUGGUCGCAGUGCAACGUCACGUGCGGGGGAGGUUCUUCCGGUCGCACUCGGUUCUGUGCGGAAGGCAUGUUUGGCGGCUCGAACUGUACGGGUCCAGCGAAGGAGUUCAAAGUUUGCAACACUUUCGAGUGUCCAAUCGACGGAUUCUGGGACACCUGGGGCAUCUGGACCGAUUGCUCACUGUCGUGCGAUACGGGGGAGCGCCGAAGGUACCGGAACUGCACUGGACCCUUCCACGGUGGCGCGGACUGCGUAGGAGCGGCAGGGGAAGAGGAGCCGUGCAACACACACACAUGCCCCGUCGACGGAGUUUGGGAAAUGUGGGCAACGUGGAGCACGUGCAACGUCACGUGUGGCGGGGGCACGCGCUUGCGGUCACGGGACUGCCUUGGGCCUUUCGACGGGGGAGCGGAGUGUUCAGGAAGUAACAUGUCAUCGGAGGCGUGCAACACCCACGAUUGCCCGAUUGACGGUGUAUGGACUGAUUGGUCGAGCUGGGAGGUGUGUUCGGUAACGUGUGGUGGGGGUAUCCAAUUACGUCACAGGGACUGUACCGGUCCAUUUUACGGAGGCGCAAACUGUAUCGGGAACGACUCGGACACACGUGAAUGCAGUUCAAACAAUUGUCCAAUCGACGGUGUCGUGUCUGAAUGGUCGGAGUUUUACACUUGCGACGUCACGUGUGGCGGAGGAAUACAGUGGAGAAAUAGGACAUGCAUCGGCCCAUUGUAUGGCGGCGCUGACUGUACAGAUUCACUGGAACAAUCGAGUGAAUGCAACACACAUAACUGUCCGGUUGACGGGGUCUUCAUGAACUGGUCUGCAUGGGAGGCGUGUGACGUCACUUGCGGCGGAGGGACACAGUGGAGAAAUAGAACCUGUGACGGACCUUAUUACGGCGGGGCCGCUUGUAUUGGGCCGGAAAAAGAGAAUCAGACUUGCAAUGAAUUUAACUGCCCGGUUGACGGCGUGUGGGACCCCUGGAGCGCCUGGAAUGAGUGCCCAUUUACCUGCGGCGGGGCCGCGCAUUCGCGCUUCAGGGUCUGUUUUGGCCCAUUUUACGGAGGGGCCAACUGUACGGGACCCAACGAGGAAUCGAAAGAUUGCAACUCUAACAACUGUCCAGUUGACGGCGUGUUCAGCGACUGGAGCGAAUGGUACAGCUGUGCCGUCACUUGUGGCGGAGGAAUACAGUUGAGAAAUAGGUCCUGCAUUGGCCCCUUAUAUGGUGGUGCAGAAUGCAGCGGGGACUUUGGCGAUACACAAAAAUGCAAUACCCAAGAAUGCCCAGUUGACGGAUUCUGGUUGGCCUGGCAACCGUGGCAAGACUGCACUACCACGUGCGGGGGCGGCAAACGAUCACGUAUACGCACAUGUGACGGGCCCCAUUUUGGAGGGGCCAAGUGCCCAGAGAAUCCAAAUGACACGGAAAUAUGCGGAACUGAUCCAUGUCCAAUCCCCGGUCUGUGGCAAGAGUGGUCGAUCUGGUCGCUAUGUACUGUCACGUGCGGCGGUGGAACGCGCUAUCGAAACCGCACGUGCGAUAUGACGUCAUUUGGCAACCUGACCGCCCCCUGUGAAGGGCCUACUGAUGAAUUAGACAACUGUCAUACCUACCACUGUUUCCCACUGGCUAUCCACUGCGCCGACUGGGCCAGUCGCGGACUGAACCAGAGCUGCACAGCGGAUGUGGAUCCGGACGGCGAGCAGCCCUUAUUUGGGUCCGUGAAGGUCGAGUGCGAUUUCGACACGGAACCAGGAAAGGCGGUUACAGUGAUACAUCACGACCAGGAGGACCGAACACAAGUUAAGGGCUACGAAGGAGCGGGCGAGUACCAGGUCACCCUUAACUACGAGACCGGUUGGGGAGCGGCAAUCAAGAUCGUCGACUCCUCCGACGAGUGCGCCCAGUUCAUGCGCUGGGACUGCAAGGCAGCCAUUAUCCACAAUCCCUACGACCCGGACAUGCUAACAACGUUCUGGAUGAAUCGCACCGAGCAGAUGGCCAACUACUUCGGUGGAGGAUCUCCCGGAAGUGGGAACUGCGCAUGCGGGGAGACGAACUCCUGUUUCAGUGCGUCACUUCCGUGUAACUGUGAUGAGAACGACGACGUGUGGCGAUACGAUGAAGGUUUCGUGACGAACAAGGAUGAGCUGCCUAUCCACUCGUUUUACGCUGGUGACACAGGUGGUUCCUCGGAAGAUGGUUUUCUUACCAUUGGACCAACUCUGUGCACGGGACAUGCAUAGUUGACCGGAAAACCUACAUUUACCUCCGAAAGAUUUUCUUAUUAUUAUUUCACGUUUGCGAGUUACUGCUCCCCGCACAAAUUUUCUUGCAAAUGUGCGCUACACGUUAAUGAAAAAUAACUCAGGACAUCCGCCUGUGCGUAAUGAGAUCACAUUUAUUUGAGGAGGAUCUUAGGCGCUUGUAAAAUGCAAUUUUGACAGGAGUUGUUUCGGAAGAUACGAACACGGUACAAGGUAAUAAUAAAUUCUGAUUAUCCCUGAAUAGGGUGGUUGGGUCAUGUAGUCGCCAGUCUGAAUUCACAUCUAAAUGCUAUUGAGUUAGUGGAAGUACGAAACCAUUUUCCCCGAAAAUGUUAUCCAACAUAAUGGAUGUUCGUAUUACCGUCCAUCCGGUAGUUUCUUUUCAAGCGAGAGCAUAGUAUUGCAAGUGAAUGAAUGUUUGCGGAACAAUUACCAUUUCGAUAAAGAAUUCGUUUUUAAGAUAUUCUUUUUGGAUUCCGAUCGGGUCAAAGAAACUACUGAUCUCAAUUGAUGCAUAGUUAUUAUACGGAGGAUUAUUAUAUAGCCAGGUUAUAGCCAGGUUGUUACGGACCUAUGGUUUUUCAGAAAUUUAUUUAAUGUGAAUACUAAGAUCGUUGAUUAUUGAUCUUCAAAAAACCCCAUACCUCGUCAAAGCGCACGAUCGGGGAGAAUCAUUCCUUUCAACGCAUGUCAUUCAGUUGCAAUGACAUUUAUAAACGUUUGUUUAAAACUGUCUUUAUUAUAGUGUGUUUUUUAACUUGCAAAGAUACUGUAUUGCCAAAAAGAUUGGUGCGUUUAUAUCCAUUGUUAUUCUAUUUGUAUAACAUGAACAUAACAUUGUAAAGUGCUAUGUGUUUAAAGUAAAAUUGGUUAUUGAAAAAAAAAUUAACGCGUUCAUAAAUUGUAACAUUUAUUACACUUAUUGAGAAAGAUAGCAAUACCGCAGGCGGAUGGACCAGUGCUUAUUUUAAGACGUCUUUAUGAAACAGACUUGCGAUUUAGCCCUAUAUUAGUUCCCUUAGAAUCUGUGUGAUCCCGUUUGCAAUGCAGUGCUGUAUUUCCGGUAAUAAUAGUCUUUUUCUUAUGCCUGCUUUUACGCAAAUGCGUCUUUUAUUCUCUUUCCUUUUCACCGUGUGGAGUUGGUCGUGCUGCUGGCACGUUCGUGUUUACAACCUCAUUUGUGGACGACCGCUUUUCCGAAGUAGCAUAAAAAUAAAUUAAACAUUUAGGAUCCAUGAUUUAUUUCUGAUAUAAAUUUGAAUGACUAUCAUAGCCUUUGCAUGUUUUAAAUUGCAUGUUUUAGUUUUGAAAAAAGUAUAGUAAAUUUAUGUGUUGAUAAUGUUCUUAUUGUCAUGUCUUACUGAAAAGAAUAAUCAAUCUGAAAUUAUGUGAACAUACAAAAAAUGAAUAUAUUUCAAAAUAAAUACAAUGUUAAUAAGGAUAGAGGUAAAUUAUCUCGUGAUAAUUUAAACAGAAACCAUUUGCAGCAAGUGAAUUAGAAAAUCUCAUUUAAUUUAUUUGAAGCAAUGAACAAAUUAACUGCGCUUUAGGACAGUUUUAUGUAAUUUUCAAUUAGGUUCAUGCUUAUAUAAGUUUCUCUAUUAAAAAUAUCAACAUCACCGAUUUCAACGUCAAUA